UUUUAAAGAUGUGAGUGUAAAGUGUGCCAGUUUGUUGUAUGCAUUGUCUAUAUUGCCUUUUAUGUUCAUUCUUACUGGACCUGAACUUUCCUUUGUUGCCAACCUCACUAGACCAAGGCAUUCAAUGUAAUAGCUUUAAUCUGUAAGCCGGAACACUUUACUAAUGCUCCCAGAGUAAGUAAGGCACCGGUACAUAGAGAGAAAGAUAAUCCCUUAUGCCUUCAUCAUGUCUGUAAACACAGAAACAAAAGAGCUGGCAAAAUGUGAGCAUCUUUUUUGCCAACAAUGCAUUAGUAGAAGAUUAACCACAAUGCCGAUUGUCGAUGUUUAAUCUCAUCUUCAACAUUCUGGCUGCACUGUCCUACCAUAUAUUCCAUCAUCAAUUUUUUUUUCUUUCGUUAACAAAGACGGGCCUAGUCCUUACCAGGCCGUGGAUUUCCAAUGUGGAGGCAGUUCCUGUCUCCACUUCGAGCACGGAGAUAUGCAGGCAGUUUUCGCGUGGCCAAAAAUCAGAAACCUGAAAAUGAAGAAGAAAACAGCAAGGAUGCCCUCCAGUUUUAUAAGCCCAUGGGAACAGAGCGGAUGGAGAUGCGCAAACGGCAGAUGUCAGUGCACCAAGAGACUGUGAGCUCCUCUCAGGCACAGCAAGGAGUUGGGAAUAGGGGAUCUAAUGCUUGCUGCUUCUGUUGGUGCUGUUGCUGCAGCUGCUCAUGCCUCACAGUUAGAAAUCAGGAAAAUGAAAGGACAAGAAGAUCAUCUAAUGAAAUCAGAGGAGACGGAAUCCCAAACUGUGAAGAAAGCCCAUCUCCUACCCUUGAUGACGUUUACUCCUGGGGCCAAUCAUUUGAAAAGCUCAUGAACACUCCGGCAGGAAGAAAUGCUUUCCGGGAAUUCCUCAGGACAGAAUUCAGUGAGGAGAACAUGCUCUUCUGGAUGGCCUGUGAGGACCUCAAGAAGGAAUCUAACAAAAACGUCAUAGAAGAGAAAGCGAGAUUAAUAUACGAGGACUACAUAUCCAUUCUGUCUCCAAAGGAGGUGAGCUUGGAUUCCCGAGUGCGGGAAGUCAUCAACCGAAACAUGUUGGAACCCACACAAUGCACUUUUGAUGAUGCCCAGCUCCAGAUCUUUACCUUAAUGCACAGAGACUCCUACCCACGUUUUAUGAACUCUGUAAUAUACAAGAACCUUCUUCAAACCUUAUCGGAGACCACUGCCGAAUCUUAGUUUUUUUUUUGUUUGUUUUUUUUUCUGUUUUGUGUUUUUUUAUUAUUAUUUUUAUUGUUGUUUUUAUUUAUUUAAAACCAAUGUAAAAAAAAUGGGUACUACAAUUGGCAGGGAGUUUAGCACUAUUGUGAUAUUUCCCUGAAAUCUCAACUCAGGCAUAUUUUAAUAAGGACUUCUGUAAUAUUACCUGCGGCUGAGGGCUCCUCGUUGCCAAUGCCUGUUGCAGUUAGUUAUCAAUUUUAGUCAUUUUUCCAAGUAAAAAAAAAAAGAGUUGGAAAUGUUUUUAAAUUAUAUAUUAAAUAUAGUAGUUGUAUUUUUACAACAGUAAUUAGUAUAUAUUCAAAGAGGAGCAUUACACAGGUGGAAGUGCCUUGCUGUGUUUAUGUCGAUUUCUUAGGACUAGAUUGGAUGUCCAGAACAAGAUUUGUUUACUAGGGAGGGUACUUCCACUUGUCUUCGGGGAUAUACAAUAUAUGCUUGUGAGUAUGUGAAUAUAUAGAUAUUUAUACUGUAUAUAUGCAGACAUACGUGACACAAGCAGAGGACAGUCUUGAAUUCAUGAGAUCCACUGGCAUGGAAGAAUCCUGGCUUUUUGUUAAAGGCCUGGGGUUCUGAUAUCAAAAUGUCAUUUGUGUAUAUUUUAACGGCUGGUUUUGAAUAAUGACUUACUGCUUCUCUUGUGCAAUGGGAGAAACUAAAAAAACAUUGAACAUGGACAUUUACAUCCUUUAGAGAAAAGAAGACAAAUGUCUGAACUGUAAUAAAGCACAAUAGUUUUACUGGA